UGUCGGUCUUGCACACAAAAUCCCAACAAAUCAUCUUGCAAUGCAACAUACCAAGGGAUAAUUUACAAGUGAUCAUGUAUAUGUCUGCAAGUGGCCCACUUUUACCCCCCCUCCUCAUUCUCCAGGUGUCCCCUGCUCAGCCAACAGGGGGACGGCGGCGGCGUGCGUCGGAGAUGGACCCCGACGAGAGGAGGCAGCGUUUUCUGGAAAGAAACCGGGCGGCCGCUUCUCGCUGCAGACAAAAACGAAAGCUGUGGGUCAACUCCUUGGAGAAGAAGGCAGAAGAUCUCGCCAACAUGAACAUCUCCCUAACAAAUGAAGUGACUCUGCUGAGGAAUGAGGUGGCACAGCUGAAGCAGCUCCUUCUAGCUCACAAAGACUGCCCUGUCACUGUCAUGCAGAAGAAGGCAGCUUUCUUAGCUGCAGGAGGAGAGGAAGCCUCGAGGGAGGCUUCCACCGAACACAUCGGCUCCCCGGCGGCGGUCAUUCAGCACGUGCCGUCACCCGCCGCCGUGGCCUCGAGCCCGGGGCCCACCAUAAAUGGACUGAGCGUCCGGGCUGCAGAAGCGGUGGCCAUGUCGGUGUUAGCCGGCAUGGGCUCGGGCCAGCCUGGAGGGGUCGUCAUCGCUCCGCAGUUGCAGCCAACCCCAAGAUGAUGUGCAGGCAGACGGCAGCCGGAAUGAACUCGAGUGACAUUCAGAGGCCGCACCGGCGCAAGGCUUGGUGUGAAGAGGGAACCCACCCUAACUCCCAUAGAUACCCCUCCUUUUCCCUCCUGAACAUCCUACAGUAAUCACACAAAGACCUGGUGCGGUACUUCUGCCAAACCCUCCUCCAGCAGGCUCCCUUUUCAGAAACGCUUCACCACUCUGUGUAUGUAAAUAUGAAUUAUGUGUCGAACACUUACUCUGCAGGGUUCGGGGUCAGUUAUGACAGAAAUGGUUUUAGAUCCAGAAGAAAAAUAUGAAAUGGCUUUUUAACCAAUUAGUUAUUUUAUUUCAGCUUGGAAAGCAGCAACAGUCCAACUUCUUCCCACACUGGCUGUGAUGAGGUUUGUUUCUUUCCAUGCUAACAGUUUUACUGUAAUAUAUCAUGAUUGUUUUUUUAAUUUGUAAAAAAGAGUUUUGAACAUCUGCAUUUGUUCAUAUAAUGUUUUUAGUUACAUCUAGGAAGAAGAUUAUUGAAUAUGCCAAUGUUUUUCUCAAUAAAUUUAUAUCUAAUGGCGUUAUCAACAUUAAAUUACACUGGAUGUGGGUGAUAUCCAUCCAUUUUCUUCCUACCCAGUUAUUCUUGCAGGGUUGCUGGGAGGCUGGUGCCUAUGUCCAGUGGUCAUUUAGUAAGAAGCGGAUGAUCAUCAGUCCCUGUUGUUAGCAUAAAUAAUCCAAACAUACAGAGAAAUCAACUUAACUCCAUAAAUUAAGUUGAAUGGAAAUAAAGUGAAAAACUUAAAGAAUAAGUGCUAAAUGUAGAAAUGUACUACACUAUAUGCUACUUGGUAGAAAGGGUUUCAUUGGUUGUGGCAGUUUCAACAUUGCAUAGAUCUUCAGUUCUUUCCAUUUAUGUCAAGCUUCCUGUUUGGCAAGAAAGCUGACUCACCUCAGUGAAAUCAAAUCUACCUAAAAGAGUAUAAAUGAAAUGAAGCUUAAGCAUGCAUUUUCUUCAUUAGUGGAGUUUUGUGCUGUGAGUAUAAUAAGCAAAGAGUCCAGGUUGGUUCAUUUUUUCCAAAAUACAUUUGAUUUCAUAACUAAAUGUAUGGAUUAGGUUUUGUUGAUUUCUUUGUCACCAACAUCUGGUGGGAAUUUUAUGUAGGUACUCCAUUUAAAGAUAUAUUCACAGGUAAAAAUGUUGACAUGUUUAAUGCUCAUUUUCAGUUGUAGCAAAAUCUUUCCAGAGUGCUGUGAAUGCAGUCUGGAAAAACUUUCUCUUCUUUUGUUAUUUUAUCAUCUGUCUUGUACUUUUUUUAUUUUAUAAAUGUUUGUCUUUUUUUCCCAGUCAACUCUUUUAAUAAUAAUGCACUCAAUGAAAGUUGGUUGAGUUCACAACAAAACAAAUCGUAGAUGUGAACACAGUUAAUCCUGUGAUUGUGUGCCCCUUGUUUUCAUUAACAUGUAACCCAUUUAGAAUGGAUAUCAUGAUAUUAGUCAAUUGUAUCAACCCCCUACUGACUGCAUGGAUUACUCGAGGCUGAAUAAUACCACUGUUUGUAUGUAGCCCAUUAUACUCUCACUGUUUUGUAACAUCAAUCUGUAAACGUGAAAAUUGGCCCGGUUCUGUUAGGAUUCCAUCAUUGGCCCCUGAAAACUUUGGGCUAUUGGAAUACUUUUAAUUGAUAAUCACAAGUGACAGGUUUUAAACCCUUUACCCAGACAUUUCAGUUGAGUAAAGAGUAGUGCAAUAUAUUUUUCUAUUGAAUAUCAAUGUUCUUGCUUUGAGCGGACGUGUGUAGUCCAGCUGCUGACAGGGUUUGCUCUAUUUCAGUCAAACGCUACAGUUACGAGGUGACCAAAGGAAAUGUGAAGAUAAUUGUUGAGUGAAUGGACUGUUAAUCAGUGUACAUGUUAAAGUUACAAAUGUUCUGAUUGGGAGCUUUAUACCAUAAAACUAGUGCUAUUACAUUAUGAACCAGAUUAAUUAUACAUGCACGGUGCUUCUUUUGACUUUCUUUUGCAGCUUUUUAAUAUAUGACAUUGUUCUUCCACGA